GAAAACCAGAGAUAUAUUUGAAAGAGUUUGAAGGGUAAAAAGGACAUAAAUAAUCAGAUGGAAGGCCGGAGCAACUCUUGUGGCGGCGGCGGUGGGGUUGCUGUGGUGGUGGUGCCCCUUCCAGCUCAAGGGCAUCUCAACCAGCUUCUCCAGCUCUGCUGUCUUAUUUCCUCCCAUGGCCUCCAAGCUCACUACCUGGGCUUUUCCAUACAUAACCAGCAAGCCAGAGUGAGAGCCAAUGGUUUAGAUCCCAACACAAUAGCCAAAGUCCAUUUCCAUGACCUCCCUACCCCUCCUGACCUCCUCUGCCCUUCCCCUGACCCCACUGCCCUCAUCAAGUUCCCCUCACACUUGCUCCCUGUCUGGGAGGCGGCGUCCCAGCACCUGCGCCACCCCGUGGCGGCCGUCCUUCGGGAACUGGCGUCCAGAUCCCGAAGGGUUGUGGUCGUCCACGACCACGGGAUGUCCUCCAUCGUGCAAGACGCCGCCUCCAUAGGGAACGCGGAGUCCUAUUGCUUCAACUGCAUAUCCGCGUUCUCCCUCCUCGCGUUCGCGUACCAGAGGACGCCCGAAAAGCCCUUCCCGAUUGAGGAAGAGCUUUGGGGGAAGAUGCCGGGUCUGGAGGACUCUAUGAGCCCGGAUCUCCGGAGGUUCGGAGCCGCUCAACAGGAGUUCUUUAACCAUAGAGCCGGCAAUCUUCAUAACACGAGCAGAAUGAUCGAGGGACCGUUCCCGGAUAUACUGGCGCGGGACGAGUGUAGUCAGGGCCGAAAACAAUGGUUUAUCGGCCCUAUACUCCCCACGAACUUGUCUAACUCGACCCCAAAAGAGGUCUCGAACUACCCGUGCCUAGACUGGCUAGAUAGACAGCCCGAGAACUCGGUCUUGUACGUUUCGUUCGGGACAAUGACCUCGGUUUCAGACGUUCAGGCACAUGAGCUGGCGAUGGGAUUGCAAGAGAGCAAACAAAGGUUUAUCUGGGUCUUGAGAGACGCGGACAAAGGAAACAUCUUCUCGGGGAAACCGAGAACGAUUGAGUUGCCCGAGGGGUUUGAAGAGAUGGUCAAAGGGACGGGCCUUGUCGUCCGGGAGUGGGCCCCGCAACCCGAGAUCCUGGCCCAUCCAUCAACGGGAGGAUUCAUGAGCCACUGCGGGUGGAACUCGUGCAUCGAGAGCAUCACGCACGGAGUUCCCAUCGCAGCUUGGCCCAUGCACUCCGACCAGCCCAGCAACGCCUUCUUGGUGGCAAACAUACUCAAAACCGGGGCGAUGGUUCGCGAGUGGGCGGACCGGAAAGAGUUGGUGAAGUCGUCGACCGUUGCGGGCGUCGUGAGAAAACUCAUGGCUUCAGAAGAAGGAGAUGAGAUGAGGAGGAGAGCUCAAGAGCUGGGUGAAAAUGUCAGAAAAUCAGUGCAGGAAGGAGGUGCCUCUCGCAUGGAGCUUGAGUCUUUCAUUGCCCACAUCACCAGAUGAAUAAACUCAGUUUAUUCAGUUUGCAUUUUAUCUUUCAUAUUGUACUUUUCUUUCAAUAAUAAUGGUCUCAUUGCACAAAAUAGAAUUUUAUGUUUGGUUCAAUGUGAGAAUCAAGAUGAAUUGUACUCCCUUCGCACACAAAAAAGGUUCCACAAUGAAAUUUUUAUCACCUU